AUGAGUGAACUGAAGGAACCUGGACCCUCAGACAUAAAUGUGGAGGAGCAGAUGUCCUGCUGUACUUCCUAUCAGGAUUUUAAAAAGGAUCUGGUCUCUACCAGCUGUGGAUGCAGACAGUCCAUCUCCUUGCACCAGUCUGCUUCAUUAGAAGUCUCUUCAGGCAUUCAGAGAAACUAUGAAACAGAUAGUCGUCUGCUGCAGAAGUUGUUAGACGAACAUAAGGCUAAUCUGGGGAGGAGAUGUAAACGUUUGACUGAAGGAACAGGAAGUGGAACCCUAUUUAACAGGAUCUUCACUGAGCUCUACAUCACAGAAGGACAGAGUGAAGAGGUUCAUACCCAACAUGAGGUGUGGCAGCUGGAGACAGUUUCCAUGAACAAGGCCCUCCAUGACACUCCAGUCAGCUGUCAUGACAUUUUUAAAGCCUUGCCUGACCAACAGAGAUGCAUCAGAGUGGUUCUGACAAAUGGCAUUGCCGGCAUUGGAAAAACUUUCUCAGUGCAGAAGUUCACUCUGGACUGGGCAGAAGGUUUGGAGAACCAACGUGUCAGUGUGGUGAUUCUGCUUUCAUUCAGGGAGCUAAACCUGAUCAGAGAUGACCGGUACAGUCUUCUGGACCUGCUCCAUGUUUUCCAUCCAACAUUACAGAAGGUCACAGCAGAGCAGCUCACUGUCUGCAAACCUUUGUUCAUCUUUGAUGGCCUGGAUGAAAGCAGACUUUCAUUGGAUUUCACUAAAGGGAAGCUUGUGUCUGAUGUCACACAGAAGUCAACAGUCAGCGAGCUGCUGACAAACCUCAUCAAAGGGAAUCUGCUUCCCUCAGCUCUCAUCUGGAUAACUUCCCGACCUGCAGCAGCCAAUCAGAUCCCUCCGAUAUGUGUUGACAGGGUGACAGAAGUACGAGGCUUCACUGAUGCCCAGAAGGAGGAGUACUUCAGGAGGAGAUUCAGUAAUGAAGAGGUGUCCAGCAGAUUCAUCUCCCACAUGAAGACAUCCAGGAGCCUUCACGUCAUGUGUAGAAUCCCAGUCUUCUGCUGGAUCACUGCUACAGUCCUAGAGCACAUGUUGACUACAGAGCAGAGAGGAGAUCUGCCCAAGACCCUGACUGACAUGUACUCACACUUCUUGCUCGUUCAGACAAAGAGACAGCACAAGUACCAUGAGGGAUAUGAGACGAGUCCACAAGAGCUGACAGAGGCUGACAGUGAAGUUCUUCUGAAGCUGGGGAGGCUGGCCUUUGAAAAUCUUGAGAAAGGAAACAUCAUGUUCUACCAAGAAGACCUGGAGCAGUGUGGUCUGGAUGUCACAGAGGCCUCAGUGUACUCAGGAGUUUGUACAGAGAUCUUCAAACGAGACUGUGUGAUAUUCCAGAAAUCAGUCUAUUGCUUUGUUCAUCUGAGUAUUCAGGAGUUUUUGGCUGCAGUCCAUAUGUUUCACUGUCAUACUAACAGAAAAACAGAAGUGCUGAAGCAUUUUCUAGGGAAUGGUGAACAUGUUUAUUGUGGUGACAUCUCGUCUUUAGAUGUCUUUCUGAGCAGAGUCAUGCAGAAAUCCCUCCAAAUUAAAAAUGGACACCUGGACCUGUUGGUCCGAUUCCUUUAUGGUCUCUCUCUGGAGUCCAACCAGAGACUCUUACGAGGUCUGCUAGGCGAGACAGAGAGCACUCCAGAAAUUAUACAGCGAAUAAUCAGCAACCUUUGCAAGAUAACCAAUGAGAAUACCUCUCCUGACAGAUGUAUCAACAUCUUCCAUUGUCUGAUGGAAAUGAAUGAACUCACGGUACAUCAGGAGAUCUUGGAGUUUCUGAAGUGCAAAAACAGAUCAGAGAAGGAGCUCUCUGAGAUCCACUGCUCAGCUCUGGCCUACAUGCUGCAGAUGUCAGAGGUUUUGGAUGAGUUUGUCCUGAAGAAGUAUAACACAUCGGAUGAGGGACGAAGGAGACUGAUUCCUGCUGUGAGGAACUGUAGAAAGGCUCAACUUUCUGGCUGUAAACUGUCAGAGACUCACUAUGAAAUCGUGGCCUCAGCUCUCAUGUCCAACCCCUCCCAUCUGACAGAGCUGAACCUGAAUGGAAACAACCUGCAGGAUUUAGAGUCAAAAAACCUUUUUGCUGCUCUGGAGAGUCCAAACUGCAGACUGGAGACUCUGAGUUUGGAGAGCUGCAGUUUGUCAGCAAUCAGCCAUGUUGCUCUAUUCUCUGCUCUGAAAUCAAACCCCUACCAUCUGAAAGAUCUGGACCUGAGCUACAACAACAACCUGGAUGAUUCAGGACUGAAACAGCUGUGUUGUUUUCUGGAAAGUCCACACUGUAGACUGGAGUCUCUGAGAUUGGAGCUCAGCGGUUUGUCACCGAAAAGCAGUGUUGCUCUGGUCUCAGCUCUGAAGUCUAACCCCUCCCAUUUGAAAAAAUUGGACCUAGCUUUUAAUGACCUGCAGGAUUCAGGCGUGAAACAACUAUAUGGUUUUCUGGAGAGUUCAAACUGUAGACUGGACACUCUGAGAUUGGAGCUCUGCAGUUUUUCAGAGAUUGGCUGUGCUUCUCUGGUUUCUGCUCUUAAAUCCAAUCCCUCCCAUCUGAAACAUCUGGACUUGGGUGGAAACACGAUUCAGGAUUCAGGAGUGAAGCAGCUGUGUGGUUUUCUGGAGAUUCCUCUAUGUAGAUUGGAGACUCUGAUUCUGUGGUGCUGCAGUUUGUCAGAGAUCAGCUGUGCUACUCUGGUCUCUGCUUUAAGGGCCAACCCCUCCAAUCUGAAAUAUCUGGACUUGGGUGUAAAUAAGCUGCAGGAUUCAGGAGUGAAGCAUCUCUGUGGUUUUCUGGAGAUUCCUCUCUGUAGACUGGAGACUCUGAGUCUGAGGAGCUGCAAUUUGUCAGUGAUCAGCUGUGCUGCACUGGUUUCUGCUCUGAGGUCCAGUCCUUCACAUCUAAGAAUACUAAACCUGAGUGACAACAACCUGCAGGAUUCAGACAUUAAGCAACUCUCUAAACUUGUAAGGAGUCUACAGUAUAAACUGGAUACCCCAAGCUGGGAAUGAUGAUCUUGGCAAUGGUGACAGUGUAUGUGAGUGGAUGAGCUGUGUCCUGAUCAUCCCGAGAGACUGAAGCAGCAGCAACGUGUGCGUUACUGGGAGGUGAAAUGGACAGUUAAGCUUCAUCCAAAGAGAAGAAGUCUAGAUGAC